UAUUUACCAAAUUUAUGUCACAAACAUGGAACAUUGAGAAACGAAACAAAAAUCAACACAGUUAAUUUCAUAAAACAAGAAUAGAAAAUUGAGAAUGUAUGUUGAACCAGAAUCUAAACAAACAGCUUUCAUUAAAUGUAGGCAAUCAACGAUGCACAUAAAAAUGAAAGCAGAAAUAGAACAUGUGAUCUUAUUCAUGGUCAAAUAAAGAAAACGGUUUUGCUGACUUUUGAAAGUUCAGUGGCUUCAAGUUAAGAAAUCAACUUCAAGAGUGCAUCAAAAACGGCCGUGAAAAACACGAAAAAACUUGAAUUUGAAAUGCUUCGCACCUUCCCUCAUGAUUCCAUGGCAUUGGAAGCAGAACCCAACAAAAACCGAGACAAACUGGCCACCGAUUGUGCAUGAAAUUGCGGGGUAAUAAACAAAGAUGGUGGAAGAAGAAGAAGUAGCAGAAGAAAAGGUCGAUCAUUCAUUCAUUCAUUCAGUCAGUCAGUCAGUCAGUCAUCUCCUCAACUAGCCCACGAAAUCCUCCAGAGCUUUCUUCGCUACAAAACCCUAGAGUUUUUUUAAAAUUCAAAACGCCGAGCUGUCCCCAAGACGACCACGCCUCGGGAUGCACGCUCCCAGUCGGAGAGAAAUCAGGUCGGACGAAAGGGAGGACUCCAACCCCGGCGUGCUCGAGGCUCGAAUCAAUGCUCUCUCGCCCCUCCCCUUCCCUCUCUUCCCUCUCAUCGCCUCAAUGCGCACACACACACAUACUGUGCAGGAUUCCAUGUUUAGUAGUGGGAUUCUUCCACAUCCAUCACCGAACUCCGUUGCUUACGGCUGCUCUUCUCUGCGACAGAGCCUCACCUAGGUUGUGCUGGGAUCGCAAGUGUCUGCCUCCCAUUGAUCGUCGCCAAUGGUUUGUGGGUUCAUUCACGCCGCCUUGCAUGCGCAAUGCUGCUCGGCAACCGAAUGCAUCGAGGGUGGAUGAACUCGCGGAGGUCGCGGUCACUUUUGCCCUAAACCUGGGGCCUCGGGGUCAAUUAUCUAUUAAAUUGUGUUGUGGCAGGGUUGUAGACAGCCCCGUUGCUCAUUUUGGGCUAAAGAGGGGGUGGGGGUGUUCGAAUGGGAACUUACUCCGUAGCUGUCCAAAUUCAUUAUCUACAGGGUUUGGAUUUCAAAUUCUGGGGCCAGCACUGACACGCACAGGAAAAGACAAUGCUUUUUAUGGGAUGUUUGGGAAUUGAGUUCAUGCUGUGGGAGAGAGCUGACUGUUGUCCACCACGGCUGCCAUUUGUAUGUUUCUUCAGCAUGACUGCUAAUGAGUUUGAAACAAACAUUUUCAAACAAUCAAGUUAGAAACAGUACACAGAUGUGGAUGAGUAUUUACACGUAAAUGAAUCAGAACGCAUUCAUUGCCAAAGUAGUGUAUGCGCCAAGUUUUUGUAAGAACUCACUCCGAUCGCCAGUAAGACCACACUGGCAAAAAUCUGGAUGUCGACAACUGCAGAAUUGUUUUCGCAAAAGAAUUUUGGUAGAUGUGAAUGUUAUCUAUUUAUUUAUUUAUUUUUGAAAGGUAUGAGUGGCUGGAUAGACAUUCGUGGAGGGUAAGGCUUGCGCGUGACAGGCAACCAGCUGAGUACCGUGUCACAGACAAGUGUACACAUACUUUUGUGGAAAGCUGGUUGCAAGUCUCUUAAAAUGGUGUUCAAUAACGAGAUUUUUUUAUACAUAUGCAUGUUUAUUUUUAAUGAACUUCAGGGAAUGGUUCGCUGGUCAAUUACGUGCACUAAAUUUGCUAACCUCCCAAAUAUGAAAGGCAAAACGAUUAGCGCCAGCCAGCAUACCAGGUCCAUGGAGAAGUUCUCCAACCCAGCGUUUCGGGUGUUCAAAAGAGGAGAUUUAGCUCCAGCCGUCGUGUACAGGGAGACUACGAUGUACAAAAGAGCUCCGGACCCACGGCGGACAUGAUGCGAGAGUCGUUAAUUCUUCUUCGUCUUCUUCCAGAUGCAAUCACGCUGUCCCUGAUGCGAUGUACUGUUGCAGUGUGAUUUCGGAUAAUUUGGGAAGAGGCAUGAGAUUCGGGGCACUUGCGUCGUUGUCUCCGCUCGGCGCCUUGUCAGGCUCCGGAUGCGAACAGAAUGACUGAUCUCAUCCAGCAUCGGGAUGCUCAACUUAACUGCCCGGCGCAGUUGUCGGCUGAACAACGAAUCUGGGAUGGCCGCGGUUACAUUCAUCGGGGGGGUUACAGUCGAUCUCUCCUGUUGCCUAUUGUAGGCAAAUCUCUUCCGGGCGACUCUGGUUCGCGCCCUUCGUGUCCAACUGUUUCGGCGUACCCACUGGAGCAUUGCUACGACUGGGAUUGCAACACCCCAACGCACCCACCUCGUCAAUCAGGUUGCAUUCGACAUGCAGAUCUUUCCUGCGGGGAAUGUAGCUGUUAGGUUUCCUGGGGAUUCAUCUCAGUACCGCCAAAGUCUCAAGCAGCUUCUGAGUGGUGCUAGUGUUUCGGAGAGGAGGAUGGGUUGAAUAGGUGAGGCCUGCGGGAAUGGGUGGCUGGCUGGCGUCGAUAGCGUUGGGCAAUGCCAGGUACUAGUCGUUGCCUGGGAGAACUCUGGUAGGGUUAGCAGGAGCGCGUGCUUGUGGUGCCGGAGUUGGUUGAACUCGUAGAUGGAAGGUCGUCGACUGCUUGUGCGGAUAGGGAUCAGGUUGCAUUGAUUUGCGGCUGUACCUGAUGGCGUGAGAGGCUGGAUCUCGUGUUUGCGUUUUCGUAGGUUCUUGUGUGAUGUAGGACUCAGGGAACAAAAGGUUUUUUUGCUCAGGAUCGAAGUUGUCGAGAAUGGAUGAUCGUCGUCUUGCGUGAUAUUGCUGCCUUCACGUGAUUUGAUGUAGAUCAUGCCUCGAAGAAUGCUUCAGCGUUGAAGCACUAGACUAGUGAGCAAGUCAUUUGGCAAGGACCUGAAUGGGAUCUUCGUUCAUGAUGUCCUCAUUCUGGACAGCGUAUUCUGCCACGUGAUGCUUGUUCAUGGUGACUUCUUUGUUGAACUUUUCAAGUAUCUGGCAUUGUCAAGCUCCAGAUCUGGUAA